CAUAGAACUGUUACACGCCGCACACGUUACACGCUCUCACUUGUGGUAAGGACGUCGGCGGAUCUCCGUCCAUUGGAGAUAGUGGAAAAGAAAACUCGUCACAAGGCAAAGUCGACGUACCACCAGGAAACUAUGACGGGUGGUUGUUCUUUUUAGGAAAAAAUAAUAAAGAAGAAGCAGAAGGGCGGGUCACCGACCGAGAGGCGUAGAAUUGAAGUAGCGAUCCAUGUCCAGAGUCCUAGUUACAGGUUGCUAGCGGAGUUAGCCACCUAGCCGCGGCUAGCUCGCCGCGAGUGUCCAACUUUUCAGCGUCAAAGCUCGCGCCCUCAGUCCGGCAAAAUGUGCUGUUUUUCGGGACGUUUAUCCCCUUGGCCGGCGACUAGCAUCGGCUGAGAACUUCUCUUCGUGUGUGUAUUUUCUUCGACUGCACUUUUUGGGCCGUUCGUUUGACAAAAACUGGACUUUGCUUCCUCGGCUGUUGUAGCAUAACCCCUCCAAAAAAAAAAAAAAAAAAAAAAAAAAGGCCUCCAUAGAUUCUACCACUGGGAGUAUUUCAAGACUGCUUUUUUGUGUUGUUGUUUUAUUUUUUUAUUUUUUAAAAGAAGAAGAUAACGUCAGAAUAUAUAUACUUUUUUGCCUGUGUGGAAAAUGGAUGCGGGCAUAGAGAAGGAAUGCAGCGCCUUGGGAGGUCUCUUCCAGCUCAUCAUGAACGACAUGAAGGCCAGUUAUCCCACAUGGGAGGACUUUGUCACCAAGGGAGUCAAACUUCAGUCGCAGCUCAGACAGUACUCGCCGAUACCAAGGACCGAUACUUGAUAAUGGCAUUACAUGGUACCAUACAUCCUACCCAGAAGGUAUAUGUCAGGACCACCAUCCUGGUGACGGGCGCCUUCCUGGAUGCUUUUCAGAAGGUAGCAGACAUGGCGAUGGGCUCUAGAGGUGCUACCAAAGAGAUUGGCUCGGCCCUAACCAGGAUGUGUAUGAGACACCGCAGCAUCGAGUCCAAACUUAAACUCUUCACUACGGCACUCUCGGAAAGUCUCAUCACACCGUUGGAGUUGAAGAUGGAGGAGUGGAGAAAAGCGGCUAGUCAGCUGGACAAAGAUCACGCGAAAGAGUAUAAAAAGGCAAGGGCAGACAUCAAGAAGAAGUCGUCCGAUACCGUCAAACUGCAGAAGAAGGUGAAGAAAGGUAAGGACGAGGCGCGCGGCCAGCUGGACAGCGCGCUGCAAGACGUCAACGUGCGCUACGCCAUCCUGGAGGAGACGGAGAAGAGGGCCGUGUGCCGGGCGCUCAUAGAGGAGAGAGCGCGCUACUGCACCUUUGUCACAAUGCUGAAGCCAGUGCUGGACCACGAGAUCAACAUGCUGGGUGAGGUGACCCACUUGCAGACCAUCCUGGAGGAUCUCACCACGCUGACCGCCGAGCCCAAUAAACUGCCACCAGCUAGUGAGCAGGUGAUUUUGGACCUAAAAGGUUCCGAUUUCAGCUACACCUACCAGACGCCUCCAGCCUCUCCCAGCAACACGUUGUCCCGGAAGAGCAGCGUCAGCAGCUAUCAGUCUGGAGCAGUGCGCCACGUCCCUUCCUUGGACUCCAUCAGCUGUGCUGUGGAUGGAGUGCACAUCCAGGAUGCAGUGGGCUCCACCAAUCAGCCGGCUUCUGCGGGCGCGGGAGGUGAGAACGGCCUCCUGGCGCCCCCGCAGGGCGCCCACACGCAUGGCGAGAGGGUCCGCGCCAUGUCUGCGUCUGGAAAGCCUUGUUCCGCCCGGGAUCAGCUGGCCUUGACUCUGGGCGCGUUGACGUCGGACGCGCCACGCAGCAGCCGCGACUCGCUGCACUGCUCCAGCGGUUACAGCACGCAGACCACCACGCCGUCCUGCUCCGAGGACACCAUCCACACGCACGCUGUAAAGAGAGAGCCUCCCCUCUAUGUUGACUACGAGUCAAUUUCCCUCCACGGGGACAGCGACUCCAUCUCCCUGCACCACCUGUCGCAUGGCGGCGGCCAGUCGGACUUUGACAAGUCCUCCACCAUGCCGAGGAACUCGGACCUGGGCUUCCAGUUCCGGAAGUUCGCGCAGUCCAAGCGUCCCGCCUCCACCGUCAGCCUGCUGGCCGAGACGGAGCUGGCGGGCGGCUCGCACACGGCGACUAUCCGACGCAAGCCGUCCACCAAGCCGGCGUACCGCAGGGGCACCAUCAGCGGCGGGGUGCCUAUCCCCAUCUGCACGCCGCAAGUCCCCGUGGGGGCGGCGACCCCGGGGAGCGACGAGAAUGCGUUCAUCGCGUCCUCCGGGGGAGGCUUCGGUUACAAUAAACUCUACACUUCCACGCAGAGCCUCAGCGCCCUGCCGCCCUCCUCCACUUCAUCCUCGUACUCGCCGUACUACCAGCUGGUUCCCGGUCAGAUGCCCAUUCCGGUGCCCGUGCCCACCGUUCCACCAGAGGGCGGCAUUGGCAAGCAGCAGCGACUGCAACAGCUACACCACCAGGUGCAAAUGCAGCAGUUUCAGCAUGAGAAACAGAACCGGCUUCAUGACCAAAUCCAGACCCAGACCCACAUCCAGAACCAGAUCCAAGCCCAGGUCCAGACCCAAAACCAGCAGCACAAACAGAAGCUCUUCCACCAGCAGAGAGGCCAGCUUCAGGCCUCCAAUGCCCAGCAAGAAGACUCCAUCCUAGGCUACACGGAUCAGGAGCUGCCCCCUCCGCCCUCCAGCCUGGACCUGGACCAGGACCAGGACGCCCUGACGCAAGAGAGAGGGGACAGGGACAUGCUGAAGCUGAUCAGGAGCGUGACGCUCAAAAGGACCGUGACCAACGAUCGCUCGGCCCCCCUGCUGCCCCCGCCGGCCAAUCACAACUGAGACCACUGCGGCUAUCUUUUUUUGUUUUUUGUUUUUUUUGCAUAGUGUUGUGCGCGUUUUUGCAUUUUCACACCUUUUUGCCUUUCGUUUUGAUUGUCUUCAUAUUUUUGAUCAUGAGACUCGCUAGUAAAUUUUCUGGUGAAUCUCCGCAAGGAGUUAAGCUGGAGAAUUGCGCUCUCCUUGCCCACGCAUUCGAGGGCAUCGCAGUACCUCAACUGCUCAAUUUAUUUCACUUCACCCAAAAUUCAUGUUCCGAGCGAGCGUAUCUGAAGCUGGCUUGCCUCGCAAAGCAAAAACAAUCAAACAAACAAAAAAAAACAUUUCAGUUCGUGCUUACAAGUCAACCUUCCGUCGAUUCUCAGAAUUCCUGAUUGAUUCCCUUGAAUCCCUUAGUAAGGAGUCACUUCCUGCUUCCAGAUGAUUCCAGGACAGGAAGUCUGGCUGGCCUGGAUGCGCUUGAUGAGCUUUUCCCCAGACUCCCGACGGGGUGGGGUUUAGUAAUUCACCAUCACGCAUGAUGCUUGGGCUUUUUUUUUUUUUUGGUGCUGAUCUUCAUGACUGGAAUUAAAUGUUGACUAAAGCUGAUGACUGCGAAUACGUCGGACGAAACGGAGCUGAGUCAGCAGUUUUAGGAUGGAACAGAAUCCUCAUAAUUGAGCUGUUUUUUUUUUUGUUUGUUUUUUUUUUAAGCGUAGUUUUUAUUUGUUGACAUAGCGGGACUAUGAGGAGAACAAGCGCACUAAUGUUGCCGUUACUUUACUCAGUUUGGCCACAUGAUGGCGCUCUUGGCUUUCAGCAUCUAGUUGAGGGUUAGGUAUGCUUUUUUUUCCAGUCCAUUCGCAAAUUGAUGCAACCAUGAUAUAUAUAUAUAUAUAAAAGUUACUCUGAGGUUUUAAAUAUUUUUUUUUUUAUCCGUUUAGCUGGAUUGAUUAUGGUCGGUUACAUCGUAUUUAGUAUGAAAAAGUACGAAUGUCAUGCUUGUUUUGUGCCUCUUUUACGCUGUGCAGGUUUAGCUGACUUAUUCAAAAGACUGACUCUUUCUUCAAUGUUUUUAGUUUUUGGUCGGCCCUGUUAGUGUCCGCGGUCACCACGGUUACAGCUUAGCUGGCUUUCUCUCUCGUGCUAUCUGGUUGUAUAUAUUCCUGAUCAAAUGUCUGUACACACACAUUGUAUUUUUCUGCAUUGGCCUCGUCUGAUAUGACGCCGACGUCUUAUUUUUCUAGAAGAUCCUUUAAGCGAGUCGGAAACGUCCCGGUGAGGGCACAAACCAACGGAAUGUACUUGUAUUUCUUUCGUAGUUGUUUUCCCCUCCACGCCGCCACGCUCCUUGCGUGUCGAGUCAUCACCAUCAUAAUAAUUAUAUUGACAGUGCUCGUCAAAACCAA